AUGGCCCUCCCGACGCUGCUCUCCGCGCGCGGUCUCGGCGUCUUCGCGCGCGUCUCUCGCGCGCGCGGCCGCGCGUCGCGCGCCGCGCGCGUCGUCGCGCGCGUCGUCGCGCCCGUCGCGUCGUCGCGCGGCCACCGCGAAACGUCGGCGUCGUCGUCCGCGAGCGCGAGCACCGCGACGGCCGUCGCCUCCGUCGCGACGCUGGCGUCCGCGGCGACGACGCUCGCGAUCCCCGACGCCGCGAACGCCGCGGAGGUGCUCCCCAGCAUCGUCGCGUCGUUCAACCUCGCGACGUUCACGCCGCAGGCGUUCUGGCUCUUGAUGAUCCUCGCCCCGGAGAGCGUCGUCACGCGCGUCGUCAUGGGAUCGUGGGUGCCCGUCUUAAUAGCGACGGGCAUCCACGUCUUCGUCGACGGCGUCGGAUUCACGCAGCCCGGCGCGCUGGAGGAGGCGGCCAAGUUCGGCGCGGUGUUCGACCCGUCCAUACCGCCGUGGUCGUGGGCGGACGGCUCCGUGACCGGACCGCUGGUCGGCUUCCAGUCGAUGCUAGAAAACCCAAACUUCGUCACCGAGGAGUGGGCGCACGUGCUCGCGUGGGAUUUAUUCGUCGGGCGGUGGAUGUGGCUCGACGCGACGGCGCGCGGGGUGCCGCUGCUGGGGCCCUCGCUGCUGCUCACGAACUUCACCGGGCCACCGGGUCUGAUCCAGUACUUCAUCGUGUGUGUGCUGAGCGGGAAAGGGCUGCCGCCGUCGGACGGCGGCGGCGGCGGCGGCGGCGCGGCGGCGGUCGCUUCGCUUCCCGCGCAGAUCCCCGCGGCGGACGGCGAGCCGGACGCGGGCGCGCUCAUCUCCCGCCUGUGGAGGGACGACGGCGGCGUCGGAUGGAACCCCGAGGAGAUCGUCGCCGCGUGCGCGGACGCCGUCGCGUGGGAGGACCUCUCCCACUCGAGCGAUCCGAUCGUCGGGAGGGCGGCGGUGCGCAAGCGUCUCUCCGCGCGUUUCGCCGCGGACGCCGCCGCGGGCGUGUCGCUCGUCGUCGAGCGUCGCGCGCUCGGGUCCGUCUCCGGCGGGUUCACGUGGCACCGGAGUCGUCGCGGCGACGGAGAUAGCGGCGGACGCGGGCUGCGAGGGACGACGUUCGUGGAGGUGGACGACGAGGGACGGAUCGUCUACGUCCGGGAAAUCGCGGAGCCGAUUCUGAAGCCCGGCGGCGCCACCGCGGAGCUCCUGAAAGCCGUCGCGAAGCCGCCGGCGACGCCGCCCGGGGACCUCGCGCUCGCGCGGACGCCGGCGACCGCGUCGGACCUCGUCGCGUACCUGUGGCUCGAGGUCCAGGGCUCGAAGGACUUCCGGAGGGAGGCGCUGCGAUUCUUCGACGAAGACGUCGUCUACGAGGAUCUGAAUUUCGCGCUCCCGUUCGCGGGCGCGGACGCGGUGGGGACGUUCCUCGAGGAGUUCGACAUCCCCGGCCUGACGUUCGUCCCGGACCGCAUCUCCGACGGGAAGGACGACUGCUGCUUCACGUGGGAGGUUGACCUCGGCGUCGAGGGCGCGUCGCGCGUGAAGGGAAUCUCGUUUUACGCGUGCGACGCGUCUCGCGCGGCGGAGGAGGGGGGUGUCAGGUGCGUUCUCUACAAAAGUUUUUCACUCAUCGCCCGGUUUCAACAUUUGAUCGCUCUCCCUUUCAACUGA